AUGCGGCGCUACUACCCCACCACCGAGCUACAACUCAGGACCGUCCUUGGAGAAGGCUCUUUUGGCUGCGUCUACGCUGGCCGUUGGCGCGGCCUCGAUGUGGCCGUGAAAUCUCUCUUUGACGACCAAAUGUUCCAGGAAGAGGCUGAGCUUCUCUGCAUGCUCUCUCAUCGCCACAUUGUGCGCUACAUUGGCGAGUGCAUCGUACAGGAUGGCCAAGACCCGCCCGAGCUGAUCGGGCCCAACAGCACCGGCCUUAGCUUUGCCCUUCCCGGUCGUUGUCUCAUGAUCACCGAACUGGCUGACCGUGGCACCCUGUAUGAGACAAUCUACACGUCCGAGUACAGCCACCUCCAGGCUGCGCGUUGGCUGUAUGAGGUUGGCUCAGCUUUGGCGUACCUCCACUACGAGGCCCCCGUCAAGCUGCUGCACCUCGAUGUCAAGCCCCUGAACAUUUUGAUGGCUUCUCAGGAUGGAUCAGUCGUUUGUAAACUGGCCGAUCUCGGCACGGCCAUGAUAGCAGAAUCCACUGAGGAAGCCGCCUGCGUCGAAUCCCGCGACCAAAGUCUGCCGGGCGUGCGAGGCACCAUCCGUUAUCUGGCCCCCGAACUCAUUCGUUCCGAGUGCAUUUCUGACCGCGCCGAUGUUUGGAGUUUUGGCGUGACUGCUUGCGAACUCUUUGCCAAGAGCAUGCCCUUUGCGCAAUAUAGUAAUAAUCUCACGGUGACCUUUAAGCUCGGCAGUGGUAACAUGCAUCCAGACAUCCCCUCGAGCAUGCCCGCCUGUCUGCGCACAAUUAUUGCCAGCUGCUUUGCCCAGCAACACACCCAGCGACCCAGCUCCAACAUGCUGCGUCAUCAAUUUGAGUCCGCCCUGAUGGAGCUCGAAAAUCCUCGGACCUCACGCCGUGAUCAGUUUGCGCACCAUCACACCGAGUCCAUGGCCGAACCCACCUCCAUAUCUCCGCGCCAGGUGCGGCGGCACCAGUCCUUACCUCCCCGCCGACGACCUGCCCAUCUUGAUACCCUCGUAACAAAUGCUUCCAUCUUGGACGAAGAUCCCGGCAGCCCCGCCCCGCUCAGUCCUUUUGAUCUCAAUGGCAACAACGAGCUUGUGGCCCAGCCAGAAUCGCUGCGCACAGCGUCCGCCCAGACCGGGUUAUCACCGCGCAAGCCGUGCAACGAGGUCGAGGCUACCUUUUUCAACAUGGCGCGGGCUGCUAUGCUUCGUCAUAAGCAGGGUCGCCUUGAUAAACUGGCAGCUGAGCUGCAGGCCAAGGAAGAAAGACUGCGCAAUUGGGAGACGGACUUGCAACACCGGGAAGCGGCUCUCCUCGCUCAGACGCCCGGCUCAGCCGUGGACUGCGCGCGCAUCUCACUCGUUUAACAUACCACCGGCGGCUUCGGAGGUUUUGGUACUCAACCGUAUCAGGUUUCCUUCCGACGGCUCGCGACCCCACGCUUGAGGCAAAGGGGCAUAAAGAAACACUGUUUUUGACUUCCGAUUAAUGCCGCGUUAAGAGCAGCAGAGUAAUUCAUUUUUUGAUC